AUGGUAAUGGUUAACCGACACCAGGAUGUUGAUAAAAUCAUCGACCAACGUCGACAAGAAGACUUGGCGGUGGAAAAUAAUUUGACAACUAUUGUCGAAAGGAUUAUGGCUAGAAAUGGCAUGGGUGCUACAUUACAAAGGCCAUUAUACGCUUCCCCGUUAGCUGAAUUUAUUCUCCAAGCCGAGGCACCUAGGGGGAUGAAAGUGCCUAAGUACACUAAAUUUGGGGGAGAGCCUGAAUUGUCUAGUAUUAAGAGAAGGUUUACUGAAAGUAUAGAUGAUUAUCUGAAUCGGUUCAGGUCCUUAAAAGCUAGGUGCUUUACGCAAGUGCCAGAACAUGAACUAGUUCAAAUGGCCGCAGGAGGUUUAAAUUAUUCCAUUAGGAAGAAGAUAGAUCCAACUUUUGUGAAAAAUAUGUCACAACUGGCUGACAGAGUCCGACACCUAGAACGAUUAAGGCUAGAAAAAGUUAGGCACAAUAAGUCUAAGAAAGAAAAGGUAGCGUUUAUCGAAUACGACGCGACAGACCCAAUACAUGAGGCCGAUUAUGCUUCAUCGACCGAAUUAGAAAUCGACGUGGCUGAACUAAAGUCAGGAUCCGCCUAUGAGUGUCACUCAUUGCUGCCUGCGCAAGGAAAGAAUCCUGUCGAAAACAACCCAAAAUUCCCUGCGAAAACUUAUACUUUCGACGUGUCGAAGUGUGAGGAAAUUUUUGACUUAUUGGUCAAAGAUGGGCAGAUGGUGGUACCUCCUAGUACUAAAAUACCACCGUUGGAACAAAGACAGAAAAUAGGCGAAUAUGAUGAGGCCAACAUGUUAGAGCAAACUGGGGAAAGCCCAGAUGUCGAUAUAGCUGGAGUUUACCCAAGGGCUGAUGAAGACUUGGUGGAUUUUCUGUAUCACUGCAAGAACAAGGGUUCACAGGUGUGCCUGUGCGCCAAGUGUGGUGCCGUCACCGACAAAAUAGCAGCAGAGAAUUUCUAG